GCAGUUGUGGAAAAAUAUGUCUCCUCUAUCCUUUUUAACUUCCCUUCCACCACACAUGCCAUUCGUGCAACUCCAAUUCCUACCACCAUCGUUUUCUCCCUCUCUUCCCAAAGCUCCGAAAAAUGGACCGCCGACUCUUCGAGGCCGUCCUAAAGGGCGAUAUCGAAGCCCUUCACAAACUCACGCAAGAAGAUGAAAAUAUCAUCAAACAAACAGUCCCUGGAUCACUCAACACCAUAUUGCACCAAGCUGCCCGGUUCGGGCACGUGGAGUUGGCAUCCGCGAUCCUGAAUAUCUGGCCGGAAACGAUGUCGAUGGAGAACGGAUUGAUGGAGACACCUCUGCAUGAGGCAUGCAGAGAAGGCCAAAUGGAGAUUGUGAGAGUGUUGGUGGAGACUGAUCCUUGGGUUGUUUAUAAGGUGAACUGUAGGGAUGAGAGUGUCCUCUUUGUGGCAAGUGAGAGAGGAAGGCUUGAAGUGGUGAAGCAUCUUCUGAUCAACUUUCCAAGGCUACUGAUGCUGGAAGUUGAUGUGUUGACCGCCAGUUCAAUCCAUGUUGCAGCUUCAGCAGGACAUACAGAAAUAGUGAAAAAAAUACUGGAGGUACGCCCCGACUUUUCAUGGAAGAAGAAUUCACAUGGAUGCACACCACUGCACCUAGCUAGCAGUAAAGGACACUUGGAGAUAGCAAGGGAGCUUCUGAGAUUGGAUCCAGACCUUUCUUCCUUGCAGGACCAAGGAGGUCGAACACCACUCCAUCUGGCUGCCACUAAAGGGAGAGUCAACAUCUUAGUUGAGAUACUGUCAGUGAGCCUUGAAUCUGUUGAGAUGGUAACAAGAAAUGGAGAGACAGUUCUACACAUGGCUGUGAAGAACAAUCAGUUUGAAGCAGUUAGAUACUUGAUGGAAACUCUCAACAUUACAAAGCUUGCUAACAUGCAAGACAAUGACGGCAACACCAUCUUGCACCUAGCAAUUGCAGCAAAACUCACCACUAUGGUCACCCACAUGCUCAAACUUGGUGUGGAUGUAAAUGUUCUAAAUCGCAAUGGACAAACACCUCUAGAUAUAGUUGCCUCUGAUGCUAGUAACUCAGGUGCCCUUAUGGUCAUGCCAGCAUUAGAAGAAGCAGGUGCUAAGAGAAGUGAGCAAAUGCCCCCUACAUCAAUAGAAAUCCGGCGGAUCAGCAGCAAUCCUAUCUCCGAGAGAUUACAAGUAAACAGCCCCAACAUACCAAAGAAGACUUCAGAGUCUCCGCGCCAGUACCACUGGCAAAAGCAACAUCACCAUCACCAGAGAGCCAAGCAACUCGAGCACCAAAUGGAGGGCUUACGCAAUGCGCGAAACACCAUUACAGUUGUGGCAGUUCUAAUAGUCACUGUCACAUUCGCAGCAGGUAUUAACCCUCCUGGCGGGUUCGACCAAACCAAUGGAAAGGCUAUAAUGGGUAGGCACACUCCUUACAAGGUUUUCAUAGUGUGCAAUAUUAUGGCAUUGUUCUUGUCCCUUGGCAUUGUCAAUAUUUUGGUUAGUGUUAUUCCUUUUAGGAGAAAAUCCAUGAGUAAACUACUAGUGGUGACACAUAAGAUCAUGUGGGUGUCCACGAUGUUCAUGGCGUCGGCUUACAUUGCUGCCACGUGGACAAUUAUGCCACAAAAACCAGGGACUAGAUGGGUGUCAGUAGAAUCGGUGUUGGUAGGUGGAGGGAGCACGACGGCGGUGUUUUUGGGGUUAGGUGUGAUGCUGUCAAGGCAUUGGUGUAGAAAGCGGGAAUGGAGGAAGAGGAAAGAGACCAGUAGCAAGGAUGGAAGCCCCAUUAAUAGUACCAAUAGUCGCAUUGCAGAGAUGAAGAUGCUUAAGAAGAGGAGUCGCGAGUCUAGUAGCAACUCAGAUGUUGAUAGCUCUGAUCAUGGUUACCACUUGUAUUAGAUAGUAACAUCCAUUGGAGCUUCAUGAAUAAGACAUCCAGCUAGAUAGAACGCUAAACAAGUCCAGUGUGAUACUAAUGCAGCACAAGUCUGGUAGUGCCUCGUCCUGAAGUUCUAGGUAUAUAGCAUUAUGCAUAUGUUAGCACUAUCUGAUAUAAAUAAAUAUGUGAAUGAUGGUGAUGCAUAAAUAUAUAUAGCUUAUGUACUUCUAUAUAUUCAUUGCUUUCAAUUAGUGAAUUUCUUCUUGAAAUUCAUCAUUGUUAGAAUUUGUAAUGUUUGGACAAUUUCUGUUCAUAUGAUUUGAAAUUAAGAGCUUCAAAUUACUAGAAAAUGCAUCCCAUAUA